GGCAGCUAUGAUGAAAGCACAGAUUCGCACACGCAACUUUGGUGGCUUUCGCUUCGCUCGCACGUGUUUCGAUCUGGUUUUGAUUUCAUGAAUGACGUAACUUGUGCAGUUAACGUAGUGUUAAACAUUUGAGAUUUUAUUUUGUGGCUUUCACUAAGAAACAUUAGUCGCUUUUUUCUUGGUUUUGUAAUUUUUGGGCUAACCAUCCAUAACCAUUAAAACCGCACUACUUCGCCGUCGUCAUUAUCGGGCAGCAGAAACAGUGUCGGCAACGCUGGAACCGAGUUUUUGGCGAACGAGUUCCUGACUGUACACCAUGGACACCAUGUCGGUGUAGGUGCUGCCUUGCCGACGUUUUGUUGUGUUAUGUUCCACUUUUAGUAGUGUUUACGAGUUGUUGUUUUAAGGAAACCUGGUUGUAGAGCGUGUGUCUGCUGCAUGCUUGAACGUGCUCAUAAUAUUGUAAGCUGUGCAUCAUCGUCACAUCGAUAGAGCGAAACUGGAAAUACCAUGCCGAACUCCGGUGUUGCAGCUCUUUCAGUUGCAUUUGUUCUGUUUCUUGUUGUGAAUUUUUCCCUACACAAGAUUGAUGAAGGUCAUGUCGGCGUCUACUACAGGGGUGGUGCAUUACUUAAGCAAACGAGUAGUCCAGGCUUUCAUAUGAUGAUACCCUUCAUUACAACAUUCAGAUCAAUUCAAGUAACCCUUCAGACAGAUGAGGUGAAAAAUGUGCCAUGUGGAACUAGUGGCGGUGUGAUGAUCUAUUUUGAUCGAAUUGAAGUUGUGAACAUCUUGAGUCCAGACAGUGUGUACGACAUGGUGAAGAACUACACUGCGGACUAUGACAGGACCCUUAUAUUCAAUAAGGUGCAUCACGAACUGAAUCAGUUCUGCAGCGUUCAUAACCUUCAGGAGGUCUACAUCAAUUUAUUUGACCAGAUCGAUGAGAAUCUGAAGACUGCUCUUCAGAGGGACCUCAUCAUCAUGGCACCCGGGUUGUUCAUUCAGGCUGUGCGUGUGACAAAGCCAAAGAUCCCCGAAACGAUCAGACGGAACUAUGAGAUGAUGGAAGCUGAGAAGACAAAGCUCCUGAUCGCUGAGCAGAAGCAGAAGGUUGUAGAAAAAGAUGCGGAGACUGAUCGGAAGAAGGCGCUUAUUGAUGCUGAGAAGGUCGCCCAAGUUGCCAAGAUCCAGUACACCCAAAAAAUCCUGGAGCAAGAGUCAUUGAAAAAGAUGUCAUACAUCGAAGAUGAAAUGCAUUUUUCGCGUGAGAAAAUGAAAGCAGAUGGGGAAUACUAUUCGAAACUGAAGCUGGCUGAAGCCAACAAGCUGCUCUUGACACCCGAGUUCCUGGAGAUUAAGCGAUACGAAGCUAUUUCGGCCAACAGCAAGGUGUACUUUGGCAAGGACAUCCCAAGCAUGUUCAUAGACCAAUGCUCGGGAAGGGGAAGGGACUCUCCCAGUCCAGAGAGGCUUGCAGCUACUGUGAACAAGCAGUUUACCAAAAACGCUGAUGCUGCCAGCAAAGUGCCCAAGAAAGAUGCAACAGAACAAGAUAGCCACAACGCAAGGUUUCAUGAGCACGAAGUUUCGGACUAUUGAUCCUUACCUUAUUUAUACACCUGCUCAAGCACUGACCAAGGGGAGUUUUCUUUCAAGGAUGCCAGAAGAAUAAGUGAAUGAAGAAGUGUUUCUAUCAUGUUAAUAAAAUAUUUCUUAUGUGUGUUA